AUGGUGCUCCAACAAUGGCUGGUGUCCGCCUUGGUUGGGUUCGCCGCCUUCAUUGAAGCAGCUCAGGUCAAUGUUGCAUUAAAUCUCACAUGGCAAAAGGGAUCCCCCACUGGCGUUUCAGGCAUUUCAAGGGACAUGAUUUUCAUCAACAAUAUGUUUCCUGGCCCGGCGUUGGUCCUCGAUGAAGGAGAUGAUGUCAUGAAGAUCGAAGUGAUCAACAACAUGCCAUUUAACACAUCUAUUCACUUUCACGGUAUAGAACAGUUGAACACUCCGUGGGCCGACGGGGUAUCUGGGCUCUCGCAAUGGGGCAUCCUUCCAGGGGCGAAAUAUGUUUAUAGCUGGAAAGCUACCCAGUACGGGACGUAUUGGUACCAUUCUCAUGAUCGAUCCAGAAUAAUGGAUGGACUGUACGGUGCUAUAUAUAUUCGGCCAUCACCCAACCGUGACUCGCCAUUUUCAAUGAUUUCAAGCGACCCUGCCGACAUUAAGGCCAUGACUAUAGCUGCAUCCAGUCCCGAGAUCGUCAUACUUUCUGAUUGGGAUCAUUUGACAUCAGAUGCCUACAUGCAAGCCGAGAGAGAGUCAGGCUACGACAUUUUUAUUCUCAUCAAUGGACGUGGGUCUGUUUACUGUAAGGAUCCAGAAGAGUUGACUGCAUUGCAAGCGCCUCAAGUCAGAGCGGUUGUCAACGAGUCGUUGACCGAUAAAGGGUGCGAUCCAUUCUUGAUCACUCUACAAGGGAACUGGGAGCACCAUCCUGAAGCGCUUCCGGGCGGUCUCAAUUCUGGAUGUAUUCCUAGUGAAGGAGAGACGACCGUCUUCAACAUGGACCCUGGAUCGAAAUGGGCGAGUUUCAACUUUAUCAGCGCUGCUGGCCUCAAAGCUCUAUCCGUGUCAAUUGACGAGCAUCCGCUUUACAUAUACGAGGUAGACGGGUAUUACAUUGAGCCGCAGUUGGUCCAUCAAUUCCCCAUCUACAACGGGGAGCGAUAUUCGGCCAUGGUCAGGCUAGACAGAGGCCCUGCGAAGUACACGAUGCGUGUGGCUGGCAACGGCAAUCAAGUCAUUUCUGGCUUUGGAACCUUGGCUUACCCAGGGGGAGAGGAAAAUUCAUAUCAGUCAAUACCUUACAUUGACUACGGGGGCAUCAACACGACAGCUUCGGUGAUACCGCUUAACACGACAAAUCUUCCACCAUAUCCCGCAAUAUCACCUGCUGAACUUGCUGAUGAUUUCUAUCUCCUAACUCUUGGGAGAAUCAAUUCAUCUUGGGAAUGGACAUUAGACGGAACCGCUUUCCUCCCUGCCGAUCUUGCAUCAAUGGAGCCUGCGCUUUUUAACCCGGAAGCUCCUGGGUUGACAUCUUCACUCAAAAUCACGACCAAAAACGAUACUUGGGUCGACAUUGUCUUCCAGCUAGCAAUCCCAGAGCCAACGCUGCUCCAGCCUCCUCACCCAAUCCAUAAGCAUUCGAACAAGGCCUUUUUGAUUGGAGCUGGUCACGGGAAGUUCGCCUGGAAUUCCAUCGAGGAAGCUUCCAAUGAGUCCCCUCAGAGCUUUUUCAAGACACCGCUUUACCGAGACACCUUUGUGACCGCACCAAACGGCGAAGCCUGGAUUGCGAUCCGCUACCACGUUGAAAACCCGGGAGCAUUCCUGCUACACUGUCAUAUGGAGACGCACUUAUCAUCAGGAAUGGGAAUGGUAAUUUUAGAUGGGGUAGAUGCUUGGCCAAAUCUCAGUGGACAGCAUUGA